AGCGCACGGAGGCUUUAAGAGCUCGCGGCAGCGGGAGCCGGCAGCAGAGGACCGAAGAGAGAGAGAAACACCGGGAGCUUCGCGUACAGCUGGCCCAGCAGCGGUGCCUCUCUCUCGGAUGAACGAGCACCGUAACACCCCGCCGCCCUCGGCUCUUUGGCUUGGGCACCCGGAGGUCAGGCGCAUGUGCCAAACGCUUUUACGCGCAACUUAAAGACUCUUUUUGAAUAUAAUUGUGUUCUCACCAUGGGGCUUGGAAAAGUGAGGGUCUUGGCUAUAUUAUUCGACAGCCUGAAUGAUAACAACCUGCCCGCCUUCUCUGGGGGGGAUCUGGUGUCUGGGAGGGUGGUUGUGGAGGUGACCGGGGAUGUGCGUGUGAAAAGUCUGGAUGUAACCGCACGAGGGGUCGCAAAAGUCCGAUGGACCGAGUCUAGAAACACCGGGGCCAACACGGCUUACACCCAGAACUACACCGAGGAGGUGGAGUACCUUCACCACUACGACACCCUGAUAGGAGAGGAGAGAGACGAGGACUGUGCGGAGGAGGGUCUGACUGUUCUGCACGCCGGUUUACACGAGUUCGCCUUCAGCUUCAACCUGCCUCAGAUGCGAGAUGGGUACCGUUGGGUGGGUUACCACAUCGACAUCAACACGCCGCUGUUUCAGUCUCCUCAGGCCGGGUCCAAGGAGAAGACGCUCUGCUGCUGGUUCUGUGCUUCAGGUCCCAUCUCCCUCAGUGCCAAGAUCGAGAGGAAGGGCUACACUCCAGGCGAGUCCAUCCAGAUCUUCUGCGAGGUGGAGAACAGCUCGUCCCGGGUGGUGGUGCCCAAGGCGGCGCUCUACCAGACGCAGACCUUCUUCGCCAAAGGGAAGGGGAAGCAGAUCCAGCAGCUGGUGUCCAACCUCAGGGGCGAGACCCUGCCGCAGGGCAAGAGCCAGAGCUGGGAGGGCAGGCUGCUGAAGAUCCCCCCCGUGUCCCCCUCCAUCUUGGACUGCCCCAUCAUCCGCGUGGAGUACGUCCUCGUGGUGUACGUGGACGUCCCCGGCGGUCUGAACCUCUCUCUCUCUCUCCCUCUGGUGAUCGGCACCAUCCCGCUGCACGCCUCCACCUCCAGGAGCUCCAGCAUCAGCAGCUGCUGCAGCUGGGGCCCAACAGAGACCCCCGAGGCCCCUCCCAGUUACAGUGAGCUGGCGAUAUCAGAGUCUCACAGGAGGAACUGUCUGGUCGGCUGUGAUAGGUCGGAGGGGGGGGGGGGAUCUCUGCUCACUUACAUCACUGAGUUCAGAUAUCUGCCCCCCCCACUCUACUCUGAGGUGGAUCCAUACCCAGACCCCGUGGAGGUCAGGAGGCCCGAAACGUGUCCGUCCCGCUGACGUUAGCUCGAUGCUAACGGGAGCUCCACGCUAACGGAAUCUUCUGCACAAAACAAGACACCGUCCCCCUGCAGCUGCACCGCCCCCAGAUUAAAUAUCAUGUGAAAAGGCCAGAGGGGGGCAGCAGACAUUGAGUAUUCGGUGACUUAUGGACCAGGGUUGUUUUUUUUUAGCUUUGGAUCCUCGAUAUCCUCCUGUGCUCAAGACGAGGCAAAAAAAAGAAAAUUAAAAAAAAGAAAGAAGUUCUCUGACACCACUGUAGGCUCCGAGGAGGAAACACUAAGAUCUCAGGGAGCGUUACAGUGAACUUUGCACAAUCCGUUAUUACUGUUUUUUCUAUCGGGAAUGGGAAGGUGCAUUCUGCGGCGGCCAUUUUAGGAGGUUAGCAUCAAUAUCCAUCAGCUUUUACUUAAAAUCUGUCAGCUGUUUUUCGUACAAAAUGCAUAAAGUACAUUACAGAAAUAGCUUUUCACGGAGGAGCCUUGUUUAAUUAAAUAGACGAGUCUUUACUUAUGACUUAAGAGAAGAACGGACCAAUCACUGUUACUGAUUUCGGCGCCAACCUGGUGUUUGGAGCUAGCGUUAGGGUACAUUUUCUGCUAUUUUAACAAUGUAAAAUCCUUUGGAGGCAAAUGUCUAACUUACAGUACAGGACGUUCAGCUCCACAGGCCCAAUAGCAACUAUACAUUCAUCAGGAUAGAAGUCAGUUAGCUAAUGUAAUGCUAACGGAAUGCUAACGAAACGUCGGCUAGUCAUGCUAAUGCUGUGUCUCAAUUUGCAUACUUCUGAACUUACAUUUUUUUUUUUUUACGAGUGCCUAAGUGCGUCCCAAUGCAAGGUAUGGCAAAAUGACACUAUGAGUACUGGGUGGGGCACUUAUAACGGUCAAAACCAGUUGAGUUUUUGGACACUUCUCACACUCAGCGACCGCAAUUAAAAUGUUAUUCCAUGAAUCUUCAUUUGUUUAGUUAGUUGUUCGUUGGAUUGCCAAUGACAACAUAGUGCCUACAGGCAUGGUUUAUAGAGUUACGCUACUUCCUGUAACAGUUAUUAAAGGAUGAAGUAGCGUUAGCUCGUAUCCUCCAAAGAUGGCCGACGUCACAUUCCCAUUCCCUCUCGGUGGUUUUCAUAUUCUGCAGAUUGCCUACAUGCUGCAGCAGAUUCUGUCCAAAUAAUAUGGUCACGCCUCGAUGUAAACGGCACAUUAGAGGCGGGACAAUAAGCUAGACGUGGUUCUGGUUCUGGUUCUAGAUUUCAGGUGGACUCAUGACUUCCUGUGAACAAAAAGCAGAAAAAAGAGACGUGAAAAACAA